UUUGACUUCCCUAUUCAGCCUUCUCUACAACUGCUUCCCAAACAUCCUCCAUCAUGUUCCAGUCUAAGAGCCUUCUUAUGCGACUUUUCACUCACACCGUUUUCUCCAUCUGCCUUGCCUCUACUUCCCACCCCAGCUCUGCCUGGUGAAACCAUACCCAUCCUUCAGAGACCCACUUGUCUUCUGCAGGAAAGUAAGGAUUGCUUUCUGAAAAAAGUCAAAAUGUUAAUUGGUAAUGGAAGUCUAGGAGGUUUUGGCUAUUACAAAUGAAAUUGUUAUGAACAUUUAUGUGCAAAUGAUUUUACAGACAUAUGGUUUCACUUGUUGAAUAAAUGCCCAGGAGCAGAAUGGCUGGAUCAUUGAUGCAGGUGUUUUCUUUCUCUGGGCCGUUGAAUCUGUAAAUCACCUCCUGUGGAUGCUGGUGUCCCACUGACGGAGAGCCAGCUGUUGGGUGUUUUAACUAAACAGCUUGCUCCUAGUUGGCUGCUCAGAUCCCAGCGACCUUGCCUGCUCCAGGGAAUAGAGAGGGAAUAGAGCACUCAGGAGGGACUCUGGAAAAGUUGUAAGCAAAACAUCAUUUCUCUAAGAAAAUUUUGGAUAACAGAAGUUCUGGAUAACAGGGCAAACCAAUUCAAUCACCAUGAGUUGGAGCUUCCUGACUCGCCUGCUAGAGGAGAUCCACAACCAUUCCACAUUUGUGGGGAAGAUCUGGUUCACAGUAUUGAUUGUCUUCCGGAUUGUCCUUACAGCCGUAGGAGGAGAGUCCAUCUAUUACGACGAGCAAAGCAAAUUUGUGUGCAACACAGAGCAGCCAGGUUGUGAGAAUGUCUGCUAUGAUGCCUUUGCACCCCUCUCCCAUGUGCGCUUCUGGGUGUUCCAGAUCAUACUGGUGGCAACCCCCUCAGUGAUGUACCUGGGCUAUGCCAUUCAUAAGAUUGCCAAAAUGGAGCAUGGUGAAGCAGACAAGAAGGCGGCUCGGAGCAAACUCUAUGCAAUGCGUUGGAAACAGCACAGGGCUCUGGAAGAAACAGAAGAAGACCAUGAAGAGGAUCCCAUGAUGUAUCCAGAAAUGGAAUUAGAAAGCGAAAAAGAAAAUAAAGAGCAGAACCAACCUAAACCCAAGCAUGAUGGUCGACGGCGGAUUCGAGAGGAUGGGCUCAUGAAAAUCUAUGUCCUGCAGUUGCUGGCAAGGACUGUGUUUGAGGUGGGUUUUCUGAUAGGGCAGUAUUUUCUGUAUGGCUUCCAAGUCCAUCCAUUUUAUGUUUGCAGCAGAAUUCCAUGCCCUCACAAGAUAGACUGCUUUAUUUCUAGACCCACUGAAAAGACCAUCUUCCUUCUGAUAAUGUAUGGUGUUACAGGCCUUUGCCUAUUGCUUAACAUUUGGGAGAUGCUUCAUUUAGGGUUUGGGACAAUUCGGGACUCACUAAACAGUAAAAGGAGGGAACUAGAAGAUCCGGGUGCUUAUAAUUAUCCUUUCACUUGGAAUACACCAUCUGCUCCCCCUGGCUAUAACAUUGCCGUCAAACCAGAUCAAAUCCAGUACACCGAACUGUCCAAUGCUAAGAUUGCCUACAAGCAAAACAAAGCCAACAUUGCCCAGGAACAACAGUACGGCAGCCAUGAGGAGAACCUCCCAGCUGACCUGGAGACUCUGCAACGGGAGAUCAGGAUGGCUCAGGAACGCUUGGAUCUAGCAAUCCAGGCCUAUAGUCACCAAAACAACCCCCAUGGUCCCCGGGGGAAAAAAGCCAAAGUGGGGUCCAAAGCUGGGUCCAACAAAAGCAGUGCUAGUAGCAAAUCAGGGGAUGGGAAGACCUCCGUCUGGAUUUAAUCUUGGCUGGACUUAAAACUUGUGCUUUUCAUAGUUUAUGGUAAGCAGCGACUCACUGAAUAAUGACUUCCAUUGAGUAAACAUUUGGCUCUGGUUAUCUUCAGGGAUGCUGUUGGCUCACGAUCCAAGCUCAGGGGACUCUGAAGGCGGGGCUGGGACAAGGGAAGAGAAUGGGAAACACAGUGUUCCUGGGCACAUGUUCCGGCAAUACUACAGUUGCAGAACUUUACAUUUGUGUCUUCCAGAUCUGGAAAUGAAGAAAUAUAUUGAAAUCAUUCUUGUUGAACAGUUUUUGUAUGUACAGUAUUAUGGUACUUUUUUUUUAGUAUGAGAACUUUUUUUUGUAUUUGUACAUUGGACCACUGUAGUUAUACUUUUAUAUUAAAGGAAAAAAAUCCUUAUCCUUAAGGUAAUGCCUGUUAGGCUAGUGUUAUUACUUUGUUCAGCAAAUUCUACCCUGGGUUUAAAGUUUUAAUAGAUACUACACCCAAUAAAAGUGCCUCUCAUGUUGCAGGGGAGAUUUCAGGUAUGUCAGGAGCUGGAGGAGGAGGAGUCAGUUUUCAGUCUUGGAAAGAAAGUCCACAGUAGAAGGAGUAGAGAUCUUCUCUCUUAUCCUUGAGAAAUCUGUGAAUCUCAUUCAUGUGCCCAGAAUUGUAUGCAGUCUUUGAAAACCUGUUUGUAUUUUUAGAGGAGAUAAAUGAUUCACUGCGUGACUCCUUAAAUGUCAAGCAUUCCAAUGUGUGCGUCGAUGGUGUGUAUAUAAUGGCUGAUACACAAAGGUGUCCUCAGUCCACUAGCGGCGUGGAGACCCUGGCUAGAGUUGUUACUAAGAUUCCUCUAUCACAAAGCAAAGCCACACCUGGAAAAUGAGCCCUAAUAGGAUGUUUAGUUGUGGACCUGUUUGAUUUGCCUUAAAUCUCUGUCCAGAAACCUGCCUCUCUCUGGUUUCUUAAGAAGCCAGUGAUGGAUAUUUUCUUUGUAUGUUAACAUUAGAAAUAGAAAAGUUCCCUUGUAGGCUAAGCUACUUCUACUGCAUAUGGCAGAAGGCCUAAAUCCAAAUUCCUUAUUUUUUAUAGUUUACCAUGGAACUUUUAUAAUUUACAUAGUCUUCUGCCAAUGUAGGUUUCUGCCUGGAAGACCAGUCAGACCUGGGACAUCUGUAAAUAGACCUAAAGAGGAUUUCAGUAUUUAUAGACCUAAAGAGAAUUUCAGUAUUUAUUUCCUAUGGGCAUAUAUAUUUGUCAAUGACAUGCAUUAAUGUUCACGUAACACUUGUAAUUUGCAGUAUUUUAUGACCAUUUUCAACCUUAUAUUAUGUUGGAGAGCUUUGCUCUCCCGUCAUGUUCACAUGGUUUAUCUUGCUGUUUAUGAUCUUCUGAGUAAGAGCUGGGUAGAGAUUUAAAAGAAGGAGCCUUUGCUUCACCAGGGAGCAGUGCCUCAUUUUCUGACAGAAAGCUAUUGCAGGCCACCUCUGACUUUGAAACUCCAAAAGUAUUAUUUUUUAUAUCUUGAUUUUAAAAUGCCUAUUCUCCAUUAUUUAGGAGAAUCCUAGAACAGCAUCCUUUGUGCACUUGUUUUUCAUUUGUUUUUUUUUCUUUGUUCUCCAUCACACUUCCCCCUCUCCCCCCAAAAAAAAGAAAGUAGGAGAUUUAAGCUUAUCUUCUGGCCAUGCAUUUACCUUUCUUUUCUUUAUAUAUAUAUAUAUAUAUUUUAUAUAUAUAUAUAUAUAUAUAUAUAUAUAUAUAUUUUAGCCUAGAGAAGCUCCUCAGGAUCUCUAAACAUUUUAAGCAAAAAGUAAACUCAGGUGAGACUGAAGUGGAAAUUUCAGAAAAUGAGAUACAUGUAUGUAUCCUGGAUAACUGACAUGCGUUUCCUUCAAACCAAAUGUUUAAUAAGGAAAUUCAAUAAUUAUUGUAAGAAAGCAGGCAAAAUUUUAAAUACCUAAGCCUAGCUAAGAUAAAGAACUGCCAAUUAAUUCUUAUGUCACUAGAACUUCAAGUAGAUUUCUUAAUUGAAGGACAGAAAAUAUGCAUACACUCACAUCCGUCCAUUCAGAGCCUGGAGGAGAACAGAGUGGCUUUGCCAGCGGAAAGGUUGGGGAUUUGAGAGUGAUGAAGAGGCAAGGAAUCAAGCAGAAAUGCCAAGCAGACAUUUGGCGCCAGAAGCAUCCGCUUAGUUUCUACAAACAGUGCCCCUGGUGUUUCAUCUUGGCUUGUUCUGAUGAGAUUGUUGUCUUUUGUGUCUGGAUAAUUCUUCAACUUAAUAUAUAGAAAGAUAUUCUAAGUCACUUCACAUGUGCACACACUUAAAAUCUAUUUUUCUCUCACUAAAGUUUUAGUUAUGACAUGGAGUUCCCAACUCUCACUGCUUUCUUAGUACAUUUCUUUCAGCCUUUGAACAUAUGAGUUUGCCAAAGCCAUUUUCCUAAAGACAUGUUAUGGACCUACGUUAAAGAAAUGGCCAUAUCAGUGUCUAGCUUAACCCUUAAUUGCGUCUACAUUGAAUCUAUAAUAAUAUUGUUUUGGAACUUAGAAGUAUUUGUAUAAGAAGCCUGACAACAGUUCUUUUUCCUGUCAAAAUCAUAUUCCUUUGAAUUGCCUUCUAAGACAUGCUCUGCCGUCUGACGUUUGCUGCUUUAACUAGGAGCUAGGUCCUUCACGUACUAGAGUCAGGGUAUAACCAGCAACAUGCUUAUAUUCCUUAACAUAUUGGGCUUAUUCAGAUGCGGUGUGUCCUUUGUUCAUCUAUGUUAAAAUCUGUUAUUCAGAAGAGAUGUAUAAAAUAGGCUUUUUUCUUAGGGCAAGUUUGAGGGCAGAAUUAGAUAAAAUUUUCCCCUAAAGAAAUAUUAACGUUUGUUUUGUGGCUUUGUCUUUGCUUUAUGACUUAGUUUUGCCUGUUUCUAUAUUUGUUCAUUUAAAACCACAAGUGUGUUACUUCAUUUGAAGUCAUUUUUUCUGGGGAUUUUCCUUGACUAAUGUCUAUAGAGUUACUUUCGAUAAAAAUGAACUUUGCCAUCUAAAAUGAUUCUCACAGGUUAGGACUCCCACAUCUCUAUCUUUUAAAAAGAACACCUGUAUCUUUCAAGAGAAAAAAAUCAUCGUUAGGUAACUUAAUCUGUCAUUCCUUCUUGGUAUGAAAUUAGGCAGUUGACUUGACUUUUCCAAGUUUCAGCAGCCACUUUGCUCUCAGAAGGGUUACGAAGUAAAGAGAGUCUCUGGUAAAAGAUAUUAAAAGACCAACUAUUAUUGGUCAUUUGUCUGAGCUUAAAGCUCCAAAAAAAGUAGUUGAAAGAAGAAGGUGAUGGUAGUAAGAUGUCCUUCAGUGCUGUUUAUCACAAGAAUCAGUGAUGGUUUAAAACUUGCUCUAAGCAGUUUAUACCAAGAAUGGACUUAAAUAUUAUUCCUGUUAGUCAUACCUAUGCUUUUACCCAUUAAGCUUAUAAAUGUUGAUGCUUUAUGCUUUCUGUCUCAUUUAAACGACAGUACACUUCUAAAAAUACCAACUAUAGUUUAUGAUAAAUUUUUGGCCAGCCAGCUUUUGGAAAAAGGCAGGUAUGUUAUACUUGAACCUACUUCAAGAAAUGCCUUUUUAUAAAGGAAAAGUCUUUCCUGACUGAAGAAAAGCACCUGAAGUCAAAAAUACACACUUGCUGGUCAUGUUGAUUGGAAGGUUCCAGGUAUUAGAUUAAAUUUAUCUUUAUAAAAUCAUGUAAUCUCAUGAAGAGUCUUAUUACCUGAAAAUAAUAAAACCCCUGCGCCUAUACAGUGCAGAGUUUGGAAAUUAAAUUUCAACUCACCUAUAUAUCAUAAAUGAGUAAUAAUUCAGUCACCAUCAAAUGUUAGAAUCAUAAAAUUGAAUUGCAUACUUGUCACUCAUGCUGGCCACACAAAACAUCAUGGAGAGUUUAAAAGAUUUUAUUUGUUGUUCCUAAUGCAGUUAUGUUGUUUUGUUGUUUUUAAUAAUGAUGUUAACUUAGUUUGGUUCUUGCACAUUCCACGUUAAUAAUCAUGCUUUUUACAGAAGCAAUCCAUAGUAUCCCAGAAUCCAGGCAUCCAAACAAGAGUCCUACUCCCAUGCAAAAUUUCUACGUAAAUAAAAAACUGAGAAUCUGCAUUUCAGAGUUGGCUUGUUGAACCAGCAAAGACAUUUUUCUAUAUACUUCCAAGAUUGGAAAUGCUUUUCUUUAUUGUACUCUCAAUUGUGUUUUCUUUAAUAAAUCUCUUACAGAAGUCUCUACCUCGGGCACUAAGUGUUAGAUACGGUUAGCAUAUUGAUACUGAAAAACUUAGCUAGGACUUCCAACUUUUUAAGAUAAUUUAAAAGUAAAAUUCAACUGUUAAACCAGAAAUCUAAUGUCAUGUGGUGUGGUUUGGAUAUUGUAUGAACAGCGAAGGAAUUACCCAUUCUAGUGCCAAAGAUCACUCGUUGCUAAUUUUGUGCUAUACAGUCGAUGUGAAACUUUAUGGUUGGGACAGACUCUGUGCUCAGGGCCUUGUCUCUAGGAAGAUUUUGUCAGUUCCAAAUACAGUUUUAGAAGAUUA